AAAUAGCUAGUCGACUAUCAAAAGUUCCAACUUAUAUAGCGCUUGAUCCAACAGACUUGUUGUGUUGCUUAUAGAAUGAGAAAUGCUCUCAAAUGAAGAAAACCAAGGCAUCAUGAAUAUCUCAACAAGUCUUAGUGUAUUUUUAUUCUAACAAAGUCGAAAAGUCGCGAGGAUUGAGUGAUGGCUGGACAUUUACCCUGGAGCUUUGUCCUUUUGUUUGUUGUGGGAAAGAUUUCACUAUCAGUUGGUUUUACGUGGCUCAACUGCACCAAGCCGUCAUGCCAGUCAUUGUUCGUCUAUUCCCAGUGUAAUAACAACUCAUGUUCGUGUGGUGUGACGACUAACAAGUCAACAUGUAAUAUUGAACCAAGUGUUAUUGCAAACAGGACUGCURCUAACUUGAAUACCUCACAAGGAAACCUGUCGUGUUGCUGGUGUCCAUUAAAUAACACUUUUUGCUGUAAAACCUGUCAGACCAGCAGUCCGUCUAUUUCCCCAACAUCAACUAUACAGCAGCAAACAGCUACUAGCGCAGUGCCGGUAAYCAGUAUUCCUGCAGAUACCGCCUACCUACUGGCUGUUUUUAUAACUGACUGUACUCAAUAUCUGUCAAAAAAGAGCCAGGUAGCCUUGUCAUUCAACCACGUGAUCGGUAAUCUCACCAACACCGUCAUUGACGUCAUCAAUAUCACGUGCUCCACUGGAGCACAGCCCUACUGCGGGGUGGACGUUUCAAACCUAAAUAUUCUAGGGAAAUCAGUURUCGGUUCCGUGGAAUGCAGCAGCAUGUCGAUCAGAGCGGAAAUGAAGUCAAGCCCCUCUGUUCUGAGAAAGGAAGUGGAAAAGCUUCGAGCCUGGACACAGCAUGGAAAUCUUUCCGUGCAGCUCCAGGAUGGYUCAAAGAUAAAGCUAUCUUUCCUGAUUUCUCGAUUUAGUAAUACAUCGAAUGCUUUACACCAAGGGAAUUUGGUUAUAGCCACASCGAUCCCGCCGAUAACUACUGUAGCUCCAAUUGUCGUGAACAUCUUGCCCUUGGUAUAUGCAGGAAUAGGAGUAGGUAGUUUUAUAUUCCUGUGCAUCGUUUACCAAUGUGCYAAGCAGAGCUAUUACCUGAGAAAGAAGAAAUUCACAACAAUUAACAGCAAUCGAAUCAAUAGCCGCAAGAAAAAGAUGGAAGAAGCCAUGGAAAACGAACACAACAACAAUAAAGAUGAGAUUUCCCAAGAUCAAGUUGGAUUCGACAUGACACACAAUCGAUUACCAGUCGUGGACAACGAUACUUUAACGAGACGUUACGACUGGACAACACCAGGUUACUUACCAAGUAUGCUAGCCCCAGCCUACUCAGAUACUCACGGACAGCAACCUCCUCCACGACUAAUGUUGGACGAUGACGACUCAGAUGGAGAGCGAAGAAGCCUUGGUAAAUCAAGCGUCGUUAACGUCGACGAAGAAAGCGAUGAUGACUUGAGAGAGAUCCUUGAAAGUGAAGACGAAGAGGACAUUCGACCCAAUACUGGGCAGUCUUAUAUCUCAGCCCGCAACAAGUCCUUAUCAAUAUCUAACAACCGCAAACUCUCCACAGCAAGCAAAACAAACCAAGAAAAAAGACUUGAUUCAGCAGUAUUGAGACAACCAUCAAAUGUACGCAAGGCUUCUUUUGGUGGACCAAAGGAUGGCAACAGAUCUCCAAGAAACAGUUUUGGGAAUAUCAAAUCUAAUCGURUCACACCAAUUGACAAUACGAGAAAACCAUCAGUGUCUUCUCUCAAACCAAAGAAAAUUGUAGAUAGCACGUGCUGAUAUGUGCAUGUUAACAAGUGCGCACAAUUUUGGUUGCGCACGCUUUUGAGUUAUUGACACACUCAUAACGUCAUAUAAAAUAUGUUCAAAACCAGUAAGUAAACAAACUAGCGCAGCGAGAACAUAAACGAAAAAAUAAUUAACUGUGGAAUCUAUUUCUUUUCACAUUUUUAAUUUGAAAAUUAGCGAAAAUUAUUGUUUCUUUAAACUGAGGGCGCGCGCGAGACUUGACGUUCAAGUCAGCACAUUGUAUAUUUCCUUGACACUCUAAUCUAAUCAACUAAUCAUCGAGAAUUCACAGUUGUGGUAAAAAUUCAGGUAUACAACCUUCGUGUUGAAUUAGCUAGCUGUAUCAUCGAGCACGCCAACCUUAUUAAAGAGUCGUGAAUAUGCGAGAUCAGGAUUUCAGUUAAAAAGCCAAAAGCUAAAAUCGGGAUCACUGUUCACAAAUGGAUUCCUGAUCCCAUGAAUCUACUACAAACUGGUCCUGCUGCUACAGCCUAACGAGACUAAAACAAAGGCGAACGCCAAACGUCAAAUAGCCUUUAAGAUUUUGUUUUAUAGUUUUAUAGUGGAAAACAAAAAUAUAAACCCUUGUAAGGGAAUAGAGAUGCGUACAUGCACGAGAAAACGAUGAAUUUUAGACUAUACAAAUGACAAAGAACGGACCGAUGAUACAGAAUAACAAUGAUCACGAGAUUAGCUUUGACGUUUGAGGUUCGCAUUUAACGUUAGUCGAAAACUCUAUUAGAUCGAAAACAAACACCAU